AUGGCAACAAGAUUUGAGAUGAGUGAUCUCGGCAAACUAAGAUAUUGCCAUGGAAUUGAAGUAACUCAGCAUGAAGAUGGUAUUAUCCUGAGCCAACAAAGAUAUGAAACAAAGAUACUUAAAGAGGUCGAGCUGAAAGGUUGUAAUGCAACGCAUAUGCCAAUGGACACAUGCUUAAAUCUGUCAAAAGCAAUAUACGAGGAAGGGAUUGACGAGAGAAAUUAUCGUAGAAGUAUUGGUUGUCUCCGAUACGUGAUUCACACCCGACAGACCUUGCUUACAGGGUUGGGGACCUUACAUGAUGGAGGACUAGUUGGUUACAGUGACAACAGCCACAACGUAGAUCCUGAUGAUGGCAGAAGCACGACCGGAUAUAUAUUCUAUCUCGAUGACUGCCCGAUCACGUGGUGA